ACAAAAAAUUUAUUUUCAGCGCCCAAAACCUGAUCCUCUCUUGCCAUUCCUCGUACACGAAAAUAAAUAAAUCAUACAAUUUGCAUUUGAAUCGGAGAUUUAUAUAUUAAUAUCAUACCUUCAAGGCGACUAUGAUUCCGUUGAACUAAUUAAACAGGACGAAGAGGAACAUCAAAACUAUCAGUUUGCCAAAAUCUCUUUUUAAGCAUGGGAACUAAAGGAAGCAAUGGAGACUAUAAAACCAGGAGCCCAUUAUCAAUUUUCAUUGUUAUAGGAUUAUGUUGCUUCUUUUUUCUAUUGGGUUCAUGGCAACGGAGUGGUUUUGGUAAGGGAGAUCGAAUUGCCGCGCAAAUCACAAAGCAAACAGACUGUAGUAUCUUAACUGAUUUAAACUUUGAAACCCAUCAUGGUGAAAAUCUUAUUAAAGAGGUUAAGAGAUUCGAUCCGUGUCCUGAUCGUUUCAUUGAUUACACACCUUGCCAAGAUCAGGGGCGAGCAAUGACAUAUCCUCGCGAGAAUAUGAAUUACAGAGAGAGACAUUGUCCACCAGAGGAAGAGAAAUUGCGUUGCCUAGUUCCGGCACCUAAGGGAUAUGUUACUCCAUUCCCUUGGCCUAAAAGCCGCGAUUAUGUACCUUAUGCAAAUGCGCCUUAUAAGAGUUUGACAGUUGAGAAGGCUGUGCAGAAUUGGAUACAAUAUGAAGGUGAUGUGUUUAAGUUUCCUGGUGGAGGAACACAGUUUCCUCAUGGUGCAGAUGCAUAUAUUGAUGAUCUUGCCUCUGUCAUUCCUUUGGAUGAUGGCAUGAUUAGAACUGCUCUGGAUACUGGUUGUGGGGUUGCAAGUUGGGGAGCAUACUUGUUCAAGAAAAAUGUCCUAGCUAUGUCAUUUGCACCAAGAGACUCCCAUGAAGCACAAGUUCAGUUUGCUCUUGAGAGAGGAGUUCCUGCUAUAAUUGGUGUUUUGGGAACUAUAAAGCUUCCUUAUGCACCUAGAUCAUUUGAUAUGGCUCAUUGCUCUAGAUGUCUUAUUCCAUGGGGUGCAAAUGGUGGAAUUUACAUGAUGGAAGUUGAUAGAGUUCUUAGACCUGGGGGCUAUUGGGUACUCUCUGGUCCACCCAUCAAUUGGGAGAUCAAUUACAGAGCAUGGCAACGUCCCAAAGAGGAGCUUCAAGAAGAACAAAGGAAAAUUGAGGAGAUGGCUGAACUUUUAUGCUGGGAGAAGAAAUCUCAGAAGGGUGAAAUUGCUAUUUGGAGAAAGAGGGAAAAUUGUAGGGAGCGAGUCUCUCGUGUUACAAUGUGUGACUCACAAUAUACCACUGAUGUCUGGUAUAAGAAAAUGGAGGCAUGCAUAACUCCAUACCCAGAAACUAGAUCUUCAGAUGGAAUCUCUGGAGGAGAAUGGAAGCCGUUUCCUGACAGACUUAAUGCUACUCCUUACAGAAUAGAGAGUGGUGCUGUUCAUGGAGUUUCCGUUGAAGCAUAUCAAGAUGAUAUCAAACUCUGGACAAAGCAUGUCAAACAUUACAAAAGGGUAAACAAACUGCUUGAUACUGGAAGGUACCGCAACAUCAUGGACAUGAAUGCUGGUCUUGGAAGCUUUGCUGCAGCAAUUGAUUCCCCAAAAUUAUGGGUUAUGAAUGUUGUUCCCACUAUAUCAGAGAAGGAUACUUUAGGUGUUCUUUACGAACGAGGUCUCAUAGGCAUAUAUCAUGAUUGGUGUGAAGCCUUCUCUACAUACCCCAGGACAUAUGACCUGAUACACGCAUAUGGUCUUUUCAGCUUGUACAAGAACAAAUGUAAUACAGAGGAUAUCCUCCUGGAAAUGGAUCGAAUGCUACGACCUGAAGGAGCUGUGAUAUUCCGAGAUGAAGUAGAUGUGCUAAUGAAGGUAAAGAGAAUAGCAGCCGGCAUGAGGUGGAACACCAAAAUGAUAGACCAUGAAGAUGGUCCUCUCCACACAGAGAAGGUGCUCUUUAUUGUCAAACAGUAUUGGGUUGCCAGCGGAAACAACUCCACCUCUGUGUAACCGUGAGUAGUAGAGAAAAAUAUGAUUUCUAGUUGACGUUACUGGUAUUACAGGAACGGCGAUCACAGUUUUGGUGAUCUGAUAUUGAAACAGCACGGAAUCAGAGCUAGGCCUUCCAAGUAUUAACCUUUCAGCUACUUUUUAUCGAAAUUUUUGCAUUCUGCACAAGCAGCAUGUCUCUUAAAAAAAUGAGCGAGGUUGUUUCCUUCUUUUUUACAGUUUUGUGAUGUAACACAGGUACCAAGAAGCAGAGGUAUUUGUACUUUGUAGUUAGCUUCAGUUAGCUCACUAGCUCGAAUUUCUACUCUAUACCAAUUUCGUAUAAAUUACUUAAAUAUAAAUUCUUCUGAGUUUGUAAACUGGUGAUUUUGUAACCUUUUCGACAGGAGAUAAAGUCUAAGCUUUGUGUUUGGGCUCGA